GGUACAAACCACUUCAUGCCUAAAGAAAAAGCCGAUGUCAAGAAGAUGGCUAUGCAAAUAACCCUAGAGCGAGCUCUCAAAGCCAAGACUCAUACCGAGAACCUCGAGAGUAAAUGUAGAAAUGAGCGCGAAAAGGCUGCAUGGGCCGAUUGUUUGAAGCUCUACGAAAGCACCAUUCUUCAACUUAACCGAACCCUAGACUCCAAUACCAAGUGCACCGAUUUUGAUGUUCAAACGUGGCUAAGUACAGCUCUGACGAACCUCGAGACUUGUCGAUCAGGGUUCCAGGAGCUCGGUGUUUCUGACUUUGUGUUGCCUCUCAUGAGCAACAACGUUUCCAAGUUGAUAUGCAACACAUUGGCUCUUAACAAUAACAUUAACGUUUCAGUAGAGAAGCAAACAUAUAAAGAUGGAUUCCCAACUUGGGUAACGCCUGGAGACCGAAAGCUGCUUCAGUCAUCUUUGGUAAGGCCAAAUCUCAUAGUGGCUCAAGAUGGUUCUGGGAAUUAUCGGACCAUUAAGGCUGCCCUUGAUGCUGCCGCGAAAAGAAGUGGUAGCGGGAGGUUUGUGAUACAAGUAAAGCGAGGUACUUACAGAGAGAACCUUGAGAUCGGCAAUAAAAUGAAGAACAUCAUGUUGCUUGGCGCUGGUAUGCGUGACACGAUUAUCACCGGCAGCCGAAGUGUUGGCGGAGGAUCCACCACCUUUGACUCUGCUACUGUUGCUGUGACUGGUGAUGGAUUUAUUGCUCAAGGCAUUACAUUCCGAAACACAGCAGGACCACAAAACCACCAAGCAGUUGCACUUCGCUCAGGAUCCGAUCUUUCUGUCUUCCAUCGCUGUGGCUUUGAAGGCUACCAAGAUACCCUAUAUGUCCAUUCCCAACGCCAAUUUUACAAAGAAUGCUAUAUCUACGGCACGGUGGACUUCAUUUUUGGGAAUGCUGCCGUGGUUCUCCAGAACUGCAUGAUAUACGCGAGGAGGCCAAUGGAUAAGCAGAAAAACACCAUAACAGCACAAGGUCGCACUGAUCCUAACCAAAACACUGGGAUUUCAAUCCAUAAUUCCCGUGUUAUGGCUGCAUCAGACCUCAGACCAGUGCUGAGUUCAUUCAAAACAUACUUGGGACGACCAUGGAAACAAUAUUCUCGAACUGUUUUUAUUCAGACAUACCUUGACUCGUUGGUGGAUCCUGCUGGAUGGUUAGAGUGGGAUGGCAAUUUUGCUCUCAACACCUUGUAUUAUGGAGAGUAUAAGAACUCCGGCCCGGGUUCUUCUACAAGCAGAAGAGUGAAAUGGCGCGGUUACCAUGUCAUAACUAAUCCAACUGAAGCAUCUCGAUUCACUGUUGCAAAUUUCAUUGCCGGUCGGUCAUGGCUGCCCGCAACUAAUGUGCCUUUCGCUGCAGGACUCUAACCUUUAAGUCUCUCUACUGUUUCUAUGUACACAUUUCAAUUUUGACCAUUGUUUCGUUAAUUAUUUUUUUGUCCUUUAAUCAUUCUUUCCCGACUGUUUGGGAUAGAAAAUGUCUCAA